UAAAUGAAUCUGCAAAGCAUUAUCAUCUCAUCCCCAAGUCCAACCGCACACCUGACAAAACGCUCGACGGACCUCUCCCUUAAACGCAAGAAACAAAACCACAAAGCAAAUCGAGGAUGGGAGAUAAUCCGGUGCGUUUUGGUAUCAUCGGAUGCGCGAAGGCUGCAGGAAAAAUUGGCAGAGCCAUCAACUUAGCUCCCAACUCCGUUCUUCACGCCGUUGGAGACCCUUCUCUCGAAACAGCGAAGCAGUUCGUGGCCGCUAACGGAGCUCCAGAUACCGUCAAGAUAUACGGAAGCUACGAUCAGGUCGUUGCCGACCCAUGCGUGGAUGUGGUGUACGUGGCGUCGCCGCCAAGUGUACGCGGCCACUGGGCAUUGUUAGCUGCUAAAAAUAAGAAGCAUUUGCUGGUUGAGAAACCGACGGCUCUAAAUUUAGAGGAGUUGGAUGAGAUUUUGGGUGAAUGUGAGUCAAACGGCGUGCAGUUCAUGGAUGGAACCAUUUGGUUCUAUCAUCCCCGUACUGCUAAAAUCAAGAAUAUGCUUCUUGAUUCUCAUUGCUUGGGAGAUAUUGAUCAUAUAUACAGCACAUUGACAACUUCUAUACCACCUGCAUUCUUGGACAAACUAAACGCCGACACCUUCGGGUCUCUUGGCACCGUCGGCGAGCUCGGUUGGCACUGUGUCGCCGCUGUUUUGUGGAUCAAAAACCAUGAACUCCCAACCUCAGCGACUGCUCUACCAGAUGUGACAAAGAACUCACACGGCUUAAUCAUGUCCUGCACGGCCUCCCUCCAUUUUGACCAUGCCCACAAAACUUCCGCAACAAUCCACUUCUCUUUCCUUUCGCACCUCUCUACGGAACUAACGGUGAUAGGCUCCAAAGGUUCCCUGUAUGUAAAAGAUUACAUAAUCCCAUUUGUGGAGGAUUCUGCUUGCUUCGAGUUCACAAUAGGAGCCAAGUUCGUUGAUCUCCAUGUUGGGUGGAAUGUGAAGCCUGAAAAGGUAGUUGUAGCUUGUGGGUUGCCGCAGGAGGCGAGUAUGGUUCAAAAACUAGCAAACCUUGUAAAUGGUAUUAGAGGAUUAGGGCUCCCACCUGAUAAAAGGUGUGGCGAGAUUUGCAGGAAGACUCAGUUAGUGUUAGAUGCAAUCAAGAAAUCAGUUGAUAUCGGUUGUAAAACUGUGUACUUGUAGAUAGAUAUUUGUUGUGUUCUGAGAACAGGGAUGCUUCUUUCCUAGCUAUAUAUUGUGGUUGAAUCUUGUA